CCUCCCGGUUCGCUGCCUCCUGCUCCUCCUCCUCCUCCUCCUCCUGCGGCAGCACUAACGACCGCCGAGACGCCGGCCCGCUGUCCCGGGGCUGCGGAGGGGGCUAGACGGGGCGGCUGCAGGCUCCGGGGACCGAGGCCGAGCUGGGGCCGGGGCGGGGACGACGGCGACGGCGGCGGCGGAGGCGCCGGGUGGGGAUGGGGUCGCAGACGCUGCAGAUCCUCCGGCAGGGGGUGUGGGCCGCGCUCAGCGGGGGCUGGUACUACGACCCGCACCAGGCCACCUUCGUGAACGCGCUGCACCUCUACCUGUGGCUCUUUCUGCUCGGCCUGCCCUUCACCCUCUACAUGGCCCUUCCUUCUUCCAUGAUUAUAGUCGCAGUUUAUUGUCCUGUAAUAGCUGCAGUAUUCAUUGUUCUGAAGAUGGUCAACUAUCGACUGCACAGAGCGCUCGACGCUGGAGAAGUUGUAGACAGGAGUGCAAAUGAGUUCACAGGUCAGCGAGCCCAAGCUGAACAGGGCAACUGUUCAACCAGGAGAAAAGACAGCAAUGGACCCAGUGAUCCUGGUGGAGGGAUUGAAAUGUCUGAAUUCAUUCGAGAAGCCACGCCCCCGGUUGGUUGCAGCUCCAGGAAUUCUUACGCCGGUCUAGAUCCAAGCAAUCCGAUUGGAUCUGGUUCUCGUCUUGGAACAGCAGCAACCAUUAAAGGAGAUACAGACCCUGCGAAGACUUCUGAUGAUAUCAGUUUAAGUCUGGGACAGAGUUCUAGUCUUUGUAAAGAGGGAAGUGAAGAACAAGAUUUGGCAGCUGAUCGGAAGCUCUUCCGUCUGGUCUCCAAUGACUCCUUCAUCUCCAUUCAACCUUCCUUAUCCUCUUGUGGACAGGACCUGCCCAGGGACUUCAGUGACAAAGUGAGCUUGCCAAGUCACAGCCACCACCACCAUGUUGAUCAGUCUCUGUCCAGCGCCUGUGACACAGAAAUGGCUUCUCUUGUACCUUUACAUUCACACUCUUACAGGAAGGACCACCGGCCUCGAGGAGUGCCACGGACCUCCAGCUCAGCUGUGGCUUUUCCAGACUCUUCGCUGAAUGACUUCCCUCUCUAUCAACAAAGACGUGGUCUAGACCCAGUUAGUGAGUUAGAAUCUUCCAAACCUCAUUCUGGAUCCAAAGAAUCUUUGGUGGAAAAUUCUUGUUUAUCUGGGGAGUUUCGGCUUGCUUCUGACCUAAAAAUCAGCAGUUCUCAACCACCCACCAAAAGUGGGAAGAGCAAACCUUUGAAGGCAGACAAAAGCGUGGACAGCUUGAGGAGCCUGAGCACACGGAGUAGUGGGUCCACUGAGAGCUACUGCAGUGGGACGGACCGUGACACCAAUAGUACUGUCAGCAGCUACAAAAGUGAGCAGACUAGCUCCACGCACAUAGAAAGCAUCUUGUCAGAACAUGAUGAGUCUCCGAAAGUAAGCAAGAAGAGUAGUAGGAAAAAAGAGUGCUGUGCUGAUCCUGACAACAGCUGUGCCCGUGACCAAAGGACUAGCAGGGACACGGCUGCCUUGGAAGUGAGUGCAGAUCCUGGGGCUCCCGAGGCCAGGGAGCCUGCGGGCUCAGGGGAGGUGCACAGCCAGAGAGCGCUCAGCACCUCUGCGUCUGAAGAAGCCAAUAAGAACCCCCAUGCCAAUGAAGUGACGUCACCAGAGGAUAGGCCGGUGGAGAAAACUGUGGACAACAAGGAGGAACAGAGUGAAAAGCCAGUGGUUCCAGUGGAUUCAAAAAUUUCUAAAGAUACUGGUGGAAAGCAGAAGGAAGGGGAUGUGCGACCCAAAUCCUCCAGCUUAAUUUACCGGACAGCUUCUGCCCACAAGUCAGGCAGGAGACGGACAGGAAAGAAACGGGCCAGCAGUUUUGACUCCAGUCGGCACAGGGACUACAUUUCCUUUCGAGGUGUUUCUGGUACCAAACCUCAUAGUGCUGUAUUUUGUCACGACGAGGACUCUAGUGAUCAGAGUGACCUGAGCAGAGCGUCAAGUGUUCAGUCGGCUCAUCAGUUCAGCAGCGAUAGCUCUUCCAGCACCACCUCUCAUUCGUGUCAGUCUCCUGAGGGCAGGUACAGUGCUCCAAAGACCAAACAUGUCCACAAAGAGAGGGGCACAGAUUCUGAACACACUCACAAGGCUCAUCUGGGUCCUGAGGGAGCUGGCAAAAAGCGGGCCACACGACGGACUUCCAGCACCAAUAGUGCUAAGACUCGGGCUCGGGUGUUGAGCUUGGACAGCGGCACGGUAGCAUGCUUGAAUGACUCAAAUAGACUCAUGGCCCCUGAAAGUGUAAAACCCUUAACAACUUCCAAAUCAGACCUCGAGGCCAAAGAGGGAGAGGUGCUAGAUGAGCUAUCUUUACUGGGCCGGGCUUCGCAGUUAGAGACAGUCACACGGUCUAGGAAUAGUUUGCCAAGCCAGGCUGCAUUUCCUGAAGGGGAAGAGCAAGACGCAGCCAGUGGAGCAGCACAGGCCAGCGAGGAGGCGGUGUCAUUUCGCCGUGAACGCAGCACAUUUAGGCGCCAGGCAGUGCGGCGCCGGCACAAUGCAGGGAGUAACCCUACCCCUCCCACCUUGCUCAUCGGAUCGCCCCUAAGCCUUCAAGAUGGUCAGCAAAGCCAGCAGUCCACAGCCCAGGUCAAAGUCCAGUCCCGUCCCCCUUCCCAGGCUGCAGUGCUCAGUGCUAGUGCCUCCUUGCUGGUGAGAAAUGGGAGUGUCCACUUAGAAGCAUCACAUGACAAUGCAUCUACUGUAGGCGGUAGCAGUUUGCACGAUGAACUUGGUAAGUUCUCUUCCACUCUAUAUGAGACUGGUGGCUGUGAUAUGUCACUUGUGAAUUUUGAACCAGCAGCAAGAAGAGCAUCUAAUAUCUGUGACACGGAUUCUCAUGUAUCCAGUUCUACCUCAGUUCGCUUUUAUCCACAUGAUGUGCUUUCUCUCCCACAGAUUCGACUGAAUAGACUGUUGACCAUCGAUACAGAUUUAUUGGAGCAACAGGACAUUGAUCUAAGCCCUGACUUAGCAAACACUUAUGGCCAAACAGAAGAAGCUGCCCAAAAAGUUAAACACUAUUACCGCUUUUGGAUCCUGCCUCAGCUAUGGAUUGGCAUUAAUUUUGACAGACUCACACUUUUGGCCCUGUUUGAUAGAAAUCGUGAGAUCCUGGAAAAUGUGCUUGCCGUUAUUUUGGCUAUUCUUGUGGCUUUUUUGGGAUCCGUGCUUCUCAUACAAGGCUUCUUCAGAGAUAUUUGGGUCUUCCAGUUCUGCCUGGUAAUAGCCAGCUGUCAGUACUCACUGCUUAAGAGCGUUCAGCCAGAUUCUUCUUCUCCCAGACAUGGUCAUAAUCGUAUUAUUGCCUACAGUCGACCAGUUUAUUUCUGUUUAUGUUGUGGUCUUAUCUGGCUCUUGGAUUAUGGCAGCAGAAAUCUUACAACAACUAAGUUUAAAUUAUAUGGAAUAACCCUCACCAAUCCAUUGGUGUUCGUAUCAGCCAGGGAUUUAGUUAUAGUGUUUACUCUCUGUUUCCCAGUAGUGUUUUUCGUUGGUCUCCUGCCUCAGGUCAACACAUUUGUCAUGUACCUUUGUGAACAAUUGGAUAUCCAUAUCUUUGGUGGUAAUGCCACGACCAGCCUGCUUGCAGCACUGUACAGCUGUGUCUGUAGCAUUGUGGCUGUUGCCUUACUGUAUGGAUUGUGCUAUGGAGCUUUAAAGGAUUCUUGGGAUGGCCAGCAUAUCCCAGUACUCUUCUCCGUUUUUUGUGGUUUGUUGGUGGCCGUAUCCUAUCAUCUCAGCCGACAGAGCAGUGAUCCAUCAGUACUUUUCUCUCUGGUGCAAUCUAAGAUUUUUCCAAAAACAGAAGAGAAAAAUCCAGAAGACCCUUUGUCUGAAGUAAAAGAUCCGUUGCCUGAAAAACUUAGAAAUUCUGUUAGUGACCGUCUGCAGUCUGACCUAGUUGUGUGCGUUGUAAUCGGUGUGCUGUAUUUUGCUAUUCAUGUGAGCACGGUGUUUACAGUUUUGCAGCCCGCUCUCAGGUAUGUGUUGUAUGCACUGGUCGGCUUUGUGGGGUUUGUGGCCCAUUAUGUGCUGCCUCAAGUUAGAAAACAGCUGCCCUGGCACUGUUUCUCUCAUCCUCUGCUGAAGACAGUAGAGUAUAAGCAAUACGAAGUUCGAAAUGCAGCCACCAUGAUGUGGUUUGAGAAACUUCAUGUGUGGCUUCUUUUUGUGGAGAAGAAUGUUAUCUAUCCCUUGAUUGUUCUGAAUGAACUGAGUAGCAGUGCGGAGACAAUUGCUAGCCCCAAGAAACUGGAUACAGAACUAGGUGCUUUGAUGAUCACCAUUGCUGGUUUGAAGUUGCUGCGCUCCUCCUUCAGCAGCCCUACCUACCAGUACAUCACAGUCAUCUUUACUGUGCUCUUCUUCAAGUUUGACUAUGAAGCUUUCUCGGAGACCAUGCUAUUGGAUCUCUUCUUUAUGUCCAUACUCUUCAGCAAGCUUCGAGAGCUCCUUUAUAAGUUGCAGUUCGUGUAUACCUACAUUGCCCCAUGGCAGAUCACGUGGGGUUCUGCUUUCCAUGCCUUCGCACAGCCUUUUGCAGUGCCCCAUUCAGCCAUGCUGUUUAUUCAGGCUGCUGUCUCGGCCAUCUUCUCCACUCCACUGAACCCCUUCCUGGGAAGUGCAAUAUUCAUCACUUCAUAUGUCCGACCAGUGAAAUUCUGGGAGAGAGACUAUAACACAAAACGAGUGGAUCAUUCAAAUACAAGAUUGGCUUCCCAACUUGAUAGAAACCCAGGGUCAGAUGACAACAAUCUGAAUUCCAUCUUCUACGAACAUUUAACCCGAUCCCUACAACACAGUCUCUGUGGAGACUUGCUUCUGGGACGGUGGGGCAACUACAGCACAGGAGACUGCUUCAUCCUGGCCUCCGACUAUCUCAACGCCUUGGUGCACCUCAUAGAGAUAGGCAACGGUCUGGUCACCUUCCAGCUUCGGGGGCUGGAAUUCAGAGGUACCUACUGUCAACAGCGGGAAGUGGAGGCCAUUACCGAAGGUGUAGAGGAAGAUGAAGGAUUUUGCUGUUGUGAACCUGGCCAUAUUCCUCAUGUGCUUUCAUUUAAUGCUGCAUUUAGCCAGCGCUGGCUAGCCUGGGAAGUAAUUGUCACCAAAUAUAUUCUAGAGGGCUAUAGCAUCACUGAUAACAGUGCUGCUUCUAUGCUUCAAGUCUUUGAUCUUCGGAAAGUCCUCACCACUUACUAUGUCAAGGGCAUAAUUUAUUAUGUUACAACCUCCUCCAAAUUAGAGGAGUGGCUAGCUAAUGAGACCAUGCAGGAAGGACUACGUCUGUGUGCAGAUCGGAAUUACGUCGAUGUAGAUCCGACAUUUAAUCCGAACAUUGAUGAAGACUAUGACCAUCGACUCGCAGGCAUAUCCAGGGAGAGUUUCUGUGUGAUUUACCUCAACUGGAUUGAGUAUUGUUCUUCCCGAAGGGCAAAGCCUCUGGACGUGGACAAGGAUUCGUCCCUGGUGACUCUUUGUUACGGACUCUGUGUCCUUGGGCGGAGAGCUCUGGGCACUGCGUCUCACCAUAUGUCCAGUAAUUUAGAGUCAUUCCUCUAUGGAUUGCAUGCCCUGUUUAAGGGAGAUUUCCGUAUUUCUUCAAUUCGAGAUGAAUGGAUCUUUGCUGACAUGGAAUUGCUAAGAAAAGUGGUAGUUCCUGGAAUCCGUAUGUCUAUUAAACUUCACCAGGAUCAUUUUACUUCUCCAGAUGAAUAUGAUGACCCCACUGUGCUCUACGAAGCCAUCGUGUCUCAUGAAAAAAACCUUGUGAUAGCCCACGAAGGGGACCCUGCGUGGCGGAGUGCGGUCCUGGCCAACUCUCCCUCCCUGCUUGCUCUGCGACAUGUCAUGGACGAUGGCACCAAUGAGUACAAAAUCAUCAUGCUCAACAGACGCUACCUGAGCUUCAGGGUCAUUAAAGUGAACAAGGAAUGUGUCCGAGGUCUUUGGGCAGGACAACAACAGGAGCUUGUUUUUCUGCGUAAUCGUAACCCAGAGAGAGGUAGCAUCCAGAAUGCCAAGCAGGCUCUAAGAAACAUGAUAAAUUCAUCCUGUGAUCAACCUAUUGGCUACCCGAUCUUUGUUUCGCCCCUGACAACUUCUUACUCUGACAGCCAUGAACAGCUUAAAGAGAUUCUUGGGGGACCUAUCAGUUUGAGAAAUAUCAGAAACUUCAUCGUGUCAACGUGGCACAGGCUAAGGAAAGGCUGUGGAGCUGGAUGUAACAGUGGUGGCAACAUUGAAGAUUCAGAUGCCGGAGGUGGAAUUUCCUGUGCUGGUAACAGUGCAACAACCACCAGUGAUCGCCACAGCAACGCGCCCCAGGGGAACACUGCAGAUCCUGGGCAGGGACCAGGAACAGGGCUCCAUCCACCGGUCACAUCCUACCCUCCUGCACUAGGCACCAGCCACAGCGCCCACUCGGUGCAGUCCGGUCUGGUCAGACAGUCCCCUGCUCGCGCCUCCGGAGCCAGCCAGUCUUCCUACUGCUACGGCAGCCGCCACUCAUCUCUCCGCAUGUCCAGCACAGGGUUUGUGCCUUGUCGGCGCUCUUCCACCAGUCAGAUAUCACUUCGCAAUUUGCCGUCAUCCAUCCAGUCCCGCCUCUCCAUGGUGAACCAGAUGGAACUCCCUGGGCAAAGUGGCCUGGCCGGUGUGCAGCAUGGCCUGCCUUCUUCCAGCAGCUCCAGCCAAAGCAUCCCUGCCUGCAAACAUCACACCCUCGUGGGCUUUCUUGGGACAGAGGGAGGUCAGAGCGGUGCCACUGACUCCCAGCCGGGCAACACUUUAUUAAGUCCUACAGCUAAUUCACAUACCAGAAAGGGGGAGGUGAUCUACAGAGUCCAAAUUGUGGAUCCCAGUCAAAUUCUGGAAGGGAUCAACCUGUCAAAAAGGAAAGAGUUGCAGUGGCCUGAUGAGGGGAUCCGGUUAAAAGCUGGGAAGAACAGCUGGAAAGACUGGAGUCCCCAGGAGGGCAUGGAAGGCCACGUGAUUCACCGAUGGGUGCCUUGCAGCAGAGACCCAGGCACUAGAUCCCACAUCGACAAGGCAGUGCUUCUGGUCCAGAUUGAUGAUAAAUAUGUGACUGUAAUUGAAACUGGGGUAUUGGAACUCGGGGCAGAAGUGUGAGCCAGUGUUCUAUAGCUACAUUUCUUUUGCCUCUCCAAUCCAAGCAUUGGAGAAGGAGGGGAGCCAGGAGAAGGUGCCUGCAGGCAUCACUUUGUUCCUCUGUGGGACGGACUUCAAACCAGAGCGGGCUUGACUAAGCGCCUCUCCUUCACCCUUCACCCUGACUUCUGUCACUAUUCCCAUCCUCAAAAAAAGCGGAGAUACUUUUUUAAGUUAGCUGCCAAGAAGACAUUCUGCAUGAAGGAUAAAGUUCAGUCGAAGUAUAUCCUUAUGAAUGAAAGGUUUUUCCUAUGUAUUGCCUAUGCUUUAAAUCAACAGUCUUCAUUUCUAAACUAUGACUCAUAUUUUUCUAAUUUAUUUGCCAAAAAUAAUUGCCAUGUUUUGUCAUAGAACAUGAAAUUCAUUUACCUUGAUUUUGAAAAAUCAGUGUAGAAACGUUGAGCUUGACACAGAGCAGUGUGGAAGUGUAAUGUACAGUAAAAGAGACUAUGAACACACAGAGGUUUAUCUUAUUCCUUGAGCGGUAAAAACUUUACUGAAGAAAAAAAACUGCACUAAUUUUUUACAACGAUGCACUAAAGUCUGAAAUUUCUCAGAACAUUUAUUUAUAUAUGAGAAUAAAGAACCAUUAUUUAAAUUGCCUUUGGGAUUAACCCCGUCCCUUUCCUUACAAACAUAGGAAGCAAGAACUGUGCUGUUCAUUUUUCUGUUAGUAAUCUACUUCAUGCCAGUACCUUGGAGGUGUUCUUUAAAGCGAACAUGAACUCUCAAGACAUGGACAGCUUCGUCCCUGACGUUUCCCAGAGCUAGUGGUCAGUGGCUCGGCCAUGUGGACACUACUGCCAGCUACCGCGUCCACAUUUCAGUUGAGCUCGACGCAGCAUGUACCUGUGUGCCCUGCUUCUCUCCGCAAGGGUCAGCUCUGUGGGUGUCUGUUCUGGGAAGAAAAUGCUUUUGCUCUUCAAAGAAGAUGGUGAACAUCCAGGCGUCUAAAGAAAGGAUAAAGUGCUUUUUGCGAAAGAGUUCUGAGCUCAUGAAGUUACUCGUAAUCAGUUUAGUUAACCAAGUAAAAUUUUUUCAAGCCAAGUUAUGCAAAUGGUGCAGUUGUUAUUGUUCAAUUCCUCUUUAAUAACUUGCUUUUUAUUCCCCCUCAUUUCUUUUUCUAUUACUUGAAUUUUAUUUGCUAUAAUUUAUAAUAUGUACAUGUAAUUUGAAAUAUUUAUAGGUGUGAAAUCUACUUGAUUCCUAUGCUGUCUCAUAAAUUAUAUUGGUUUUUGUAGAAAGUAUGUAUUCAGGGAAAUAUAUAACUCAGAUUUAAAAUUAGGUUAUGUGGGAACUGCAAUUUAGAUUUAAUUUACAACUUUUAGCAUUUUUUAAAUUUGUAAAAUAAUAAUAAUUAUCCGUUUUGGUUUGAAACUCCAAAGAAAAUUGUACAUCUCUUGUGAUCAUUUGGGAGCAGCCAUCUUUCCACCCCCUGUGAAUAAAUACCAAAAAGAAGUGGGUAAGGUUGAUUUUGAUGCAUUUACUUUAUUCUACCUAAAAUAUUAUUUCUUCAACCUGUGGUAAUAGCCAUGUGUCAAGUGCUCAGUAGGACAUGUGCCUGGUGGGUGCUUUGCAUCACCUUGCUUGCAAUGGCUUUGAAGAGGCCACAGGAGGGAAGAGCUGUUUUUCUAAUUCUCAUACAGAUCUCAGAGCGUAGCGUAACAUGGCAGUGGGAGGAAUGAAAACUUAAAAAGGCAAAAAGCUAGAAUAUAAAACCUUACUGCAUCUCUACAUUAAAUUGCAUCUUUUUUUUCCCAUUUCCUAAUUUAAAAAUUCAUGGUCAUUUAGAACUCAGUGUGCUUUGUGUUGACAUUUCUGAGUAUUUCACACCAUGCAGAAUUUACUGUGUAAAAAUAUUUUCAAACAAUUCACUGAACCUUUACGUAAAGGUGCCCUUUCUAAAUUGACCCUUUAAAAAUAUGUAUGCCCAAUAGUAUUGUUUUUUGUAUUUGCCUCAUUUUGGCAAAUCUGCAGCAAACCAUGCCAAUUCAGUGUUGCUUUUUCUGAAACUGAAUGUUUGAGCUGUCUGUGUAGGGUAUCUUUGUCAAAUCCUCUCAGUAGGGCUGUCCUUGCUGCUUCUUGUUCCCUGAGAUUAAUAUGAGCUUUUCAAGAUCAUUGCCUAGAUGGAAAGAGGAAUAGAGUCUUCACUGUCUAAAUUGACCCUUUAAAAAUAUGUUUAAAAAAUUUGAACUUGAAACUUUUCAUUCAGAACGACUAGAAUUCUUUUAAUUCUACCAACCCCCCACCAGUUAAUAAACAUACUGACUCUGAAGUCAUGCAUUUGUAACAUUAAUGGGAAUAGUGAUAACUGAAAAAAUGUGUAAGACUAAUUGGAUCUAAAUUAUGAUAUAGAAAUAAGCACUUUCACUAAUUAAAUUGCUCCUAAAUGUCUCAUUUCUGCUCUGUUCCCUUAUUCUCCAAACACUGAGUCGUUUGUUUAGAUUCUCCACUUAAACUUUCUUCUCUUUUUUGGUCCGUAACUGCCAAGACAUUCAGAAUUCCAUAAUGUGAAAUUUAAAAGAUGUUAUUGAAAUACUAGUUUUUGAAAUACUAGUUUUUUAUUUCCUUUAAAAUAAUGUUUGCAUGGUGGGGAUCCUGGCAUUCCCUCUUCUCCCCCAACCGCCCACAGCUGUUGGAGAGAAGGGCAGUCCCGGAGUGGGUUAUGAGUAACUGGAUUUUAAACUUUCGGUUACCCUUCCAACUUUACACCUUGAUGUAAACUUUUGGAUUUCACUUUGUUUUCAACGUUUUAAAAACUUUCAAGUGUUGAUUUUUCCAAAGAUCUAGAUGUCCAGAGAUGCUGACGUAUGGGAAGUGUAGCUGGUGCUGAUGCUUUCUAUCCUUGAAGAUAAGAUACUCACCUUGUAGGAAAUUGGGAAGUAAACUUCGUUUCUCCCCUUCUUGUGGUUUUUCCAUUACCGGAGAAUAGAUUCCACGAUUUGAACUGUUUCAAGUAUUUCUGAAAUAUUUCUGCUGUCCCAGGUGAGGUGCAGAAAAUUACUCUGCGUACUAAAUGUCAGGCAGUGAAACUGCAAGUUUUAUGCAAGAAACUGAAGCUCAUUAAGAAGAUGUUGUUUAUGAUUACUUUGCUUCUCUGAAGAGAAUACAAAGAGCAGCCCCCACCUGAGCAAGCAUGCCUUGGCCUUAGUAAGCUCCACCUUAUCUCCCAGCAGCCUCUUGCUCCUGCUUCUAAACUCUGGUGGGGUGAUGUCCUGCAUCAUGAGUAGACAGGCUCUUCUAAACUUAGGGCUUGCCUAGUGUCUAAAAUUGUCUUUUUCUUUUAGCCAAUUUUUGAAACAUCCUUCCUCCUAAAUCUUUGACUUGAGAAAAGGAUAUCACUGAUUGUGUGUAAGAAUUCUUUGAAUUUAUGUUUAUUAGCUGCUAAAUUAUAAGCUGCCCAGAGUAUUAUUUACUUUUAAUAUUUAAGUACUUUUCCAUGAAUAUGGACAAGCCCUUUCUGUUUGUUUUUUUAAGUAUUCAUUCUAUCUAUCUGUUUUUUGUUUGUUUUGUAAUGUCAUAUAAAGCUAUUGUCUGGACACUUAUUCAGAAGAGGUAGAAAAUGUCCUUUUUAUCACAGGGCCUUUUUCUUUAAUUCCAAAGCAACACAGUAUUGUCAUUCGCUGCUAAGAUGGCAUCUGGCAUCUGUUCCUGGCUUUGAACCUUCUCUUUCAGUCUUCUUUAGAUACUGAGUUCUACUUCUCUGGAGACAUUGGAAAAUUAGAUGCAUAUAGCUGCUUUAUUAUUAUUAGAAUUAUUAUUAUUAUUCUCAAACCAACUCAUUUUUUUUUUCAUUUCUCUUGAAAAAAAAAACAUGGUUGAUUAAAAAAAAAAACCUCAGUUUUAAGCUGUUGGGUGUUUAGGUAAGGACUGAGAUUGGAAGAAAUUCUUACACAAAUGGACUUGAUAGAGUAUGAGUGGGUUAUCCACUUUGCUUGAAAUGGAAAUCUAUUUUCUACUUUGAGUCACAAGAAUUGCCCUUUAUUGCCUAUAAACCACAUAUUCUGUCUAAAUUAGGAAAAUUAGCUUCCGUGUGUGGUUUGUUUUGGGUCAUUUUGUAGAAUCAGCAUAGCAUUUGCAGUUGGGCGGGGGGAGGGCGGAACUAGAGCUGAUUGUCACUACAAGGUUCUAGGAAAACUUUGUUCUAAGACUUCUACCUAUUAUAUAGGGUUAUACCUUUCUUCUUAGGCCUCAGCCCUGUCCUGACAACUUAGGAUUCAGUGGAGCCACACUAGGAGGAACCCAGGUCCUCUAACACUGGGAGGGGAUGAGUCACCGGUCCAAGGGAGAU